AUGACUUCCCACCACCCCAGACGAUCGCGAGAGUCUUCCCACAACAAGAUUCAGAUGGCAAUCGGCGAUUACAUACGAGGAGCGGAGAUUGGGCGAGGUAGCUUUGCUACUGUGUACCAGGGCCGUCACAAGGCCUCUGGUCAUUAUGUGGCAGUCAAGUCGGUCAACACAUCCAAAUUAAACCGGAAGUUGAAAGACAACCUUUCGUCAGAAAUCAAAAUCCUCAAGGGUCUACACCAUCCCCAUAUUGUGGCUCUUAUCGACUGCAACGAUGCCAACGAAUACAUUCAUUUGGUCAUGGAGUACUGUGCUCUGGGGGACUUAUCAAUGUUCAUAAAGGGUCGAAACAGCCUCGACUCGCAUGAUCAAACCCGCAGUAUGAUCGCAAAGUACCCAAAUCCACUUCACGGUGGGUUGAAUGAGGUUGUGACUCGACAUUUCUUGAAGCAACUCUCCAGUGCAUUGAAAUUCCUUCGAGAUGGAAACCUCAUCCAUCGAGACAUCAAGCCCCAGAAUCUUCUCCUUUGCCCAUCACCUUCCUUCUACCAGCGCAUCAUCUCCACCGGUCCCAGUGCCUCCGGCGGCGCCAACGAAAUCAUCCCAUACACACGUAGUGUUACCUCCUUUGAACCGACUGUAGGGCUAAUGUCCUUGCCCAUGCUGAAGAUUGCGGAUUUCGGGUUCGCCAGGUCCUUGCCAUCCACUUCGUUGGCAGAGACCUUGUGUGGCUCGCCACUUUACAUGGCGCCAGAAAUCCUACGAUACGAGAAAUAUGACGCUAAAGCCGAUUUGUGGUCUGUUGGAACUGUUCUUUAUGAGAUGGUCGCAGGACGACCUCCUUUCAAGGCUGCAAACCACGUCGAGCUUCUCCGCAAAAUCGAAAAGGGCGAAGAUCGCAUCCGAUUCCCCGAAGGAACCGUGGCAUCAGAUGAUAUCAAGAAAUUGAUUCGAGCGCUCUUGAAGCGGAAUCCAGUGGAACGACUAAACUUCCCUGAAUUUUUCAAUAACAAUGUUAUCACUGAUCCCAUUCCUGGUCUGCACUCUGAGGAUUUACCUCGACCUCCUCCCCCGACGGAGCCUCUUCCUAAUGAACCGGAACCUAUCUCGAGGAACCUAUGUCAUACCCCCCCUCGCCGACCAACUUCCCGUCGCCAGGACUCAUCAGAAUCGCCAACUGGCUCUGCCCCAAUGCAUCGACUUGGAAGUGCAGACCGACCACCAUCACGACUUUCCAGAGAGAAACUCCGAGAUGACACAGCGCGACAGAGACCAGGUGCGGUUACUCAUAUGACAGCUCCAGGACGUCAGGAAUUAACGGACCGAAAUGCUGCCACAGCUGCGAUGGAUCGACAGCGAAACCGCAACACCUACUCAGGACCUUUUGCCAGAAUUGUGGCCAGUGAUCGGUCCCAGAGCGACAGCGUGAGAGCGGCCCAGGAUAUCGCAUUUGAGAGAGAUUAUGUUGUUAUCGAGAAGCGGGCGGUCGAAGUUAAUGCAUUUGCCGACGAGUUGGCCCAUAGCCCACAGCUUCAGGGUGGCUUCGCUCGAGGUCAGACAGGCGCUCCAAGUCGCCGUGCGACAACGCAAGGCCUACCAACCGUGUCAUCCAACUCCCCUUCUGGCAACAAUUCCAAGGCUCUGCAGGUCGUUUCUACCCGGGCUAGAGCUGAUUCAACCCACGCGCGCCAGCACUCUUACGAGCGCCGAUAUGGUCAGAGCCCGAUAUCCGCUACAUCCGCGAUCUCCAAAGCUCUUAACAUGGCCAGUGGCCGUUUGUUCGGAGUGGGAUUCUCACCUCCAAUGGCCCUUACUAAAGGGGGUCGGUCGCCACCACUAGCUUACAACCCUUUCCCAGCUUAUCCUGCUGCCCAAGCGAGUUUGAUGCUCAUGGGAGACAGCCCGAAGUCUGCGAAUCUUGAUGAAGACUGCCGGACGGUCCAGUGUAUCGAGGAGUGUGCGACUCGCAGUGAUGUGGUCUACGGAUUCGCCGAGGUGAAAUACAAGCAACUUAUCCCAUUGGCACCUUCGGCACAGAUUGAGCCCUCGAUCAGACCAGCCGGAAAUGCGGAAGGCGAUGAUAGUGGGUUUGGUGAUGAUGGAUUGACCGUUGAUGCCGUGGUAACUCUCUCCGAGGAAGCUCUGGUUCUAUACGUGAAAGCUAUCGCCCUUCUGGUGAAAUCAAUGGAUAUCGCAGGAGCGUGGUGGUCACGAAAGAACCGUGAGGAGGCCUAUGGCGAUCCAUCUACCAGAGGCGAUGCCAACAGUUCGUUAGCCGGUACUCGCAUCAACAAUGUUGUGCAGUGGGUUCGAAGCCGAUUCAACGAAGUGGUGGAGAAGGCCGAGUUCGUCCGCCUGAAGCUCACUGAAGCGCAGAAGCGAUUGCCCCUCGACCACCCCGGCCACCCAGACAAUCACUCAGUUGGUUCUGCUACCGCGUCCUAUGGAUCCAGUGAGAUUCCGCUCAGCCGCGGAGUCACCGCUGCGAGACUUAUGUAUGAGCGGGCCCUGGAGAUGAGCCGAGCUGCAGCCAUCAACGAAUUGACCAGCGAAGACCUUCAUGGCUGCGAGAUCGCGUAUGCCACGGCCAUUCGCAUGCUGGAGGCAGUUCUCGAGGAUGACGGAUCCCAGUCUACCUCGCGUUCUGGUACCUCCCAGACCAGUGAGAAGGUUUCCUUGGAGGAGGGUCUGCCAAUUGACCGACAGGCGGUCGGAAACCUUCUCACUGGUAUGCGAGGCCGUCUGCACUCUCUGCAGAAGAGACUCGCUGUCCUUUCCCGGCGCUCAUCAGCGCCAACUGCUGGUGUUAGAAUGCCAGCUUCAAACCUGGCCACCGGAGCGACACCACCUCGCUCAUGA